AAAAUAUUUCCAUAGGCUUAAUAUUGUAGCACAGAAAAUUUUGUUUUGGUUAAUUAUAAUUGUACUACAUAGGGAUUUAAGGGUUUCCUAGCUGACUAAGUACUUAUUCAACAAGUUUUGUUUUUAUGAACAGUGAUAAUGACGGCGGGAAAGUGUUGUUUUUGUUUAAAAUUGGAGGCGGGGUGUUUACUGCUAGGGGUAACUACGUUUGUGAUAUCUUUGAUAAAGAUAAUUAUCACCACCGUGAUCAUAUUGCCAGUACACGCCGAGAACUUUGAAUCACAUAUCUCAAACAACACAUCCAAGCCUCGUCAUCACUUGAGCCACAUCUUGGAGUUGGUUUCGGACAAAUCGGUGAAAACUGUCGUCGUGGGCUUCGCUAUUAUCGUUUGUCUACUAUGGAUCGUGAUCUCGCUUAUGCUGAUCAUUGGCAUUGUGAAGAAGAGAGUGAACUUCGUGAUGACAUACUUCCUGUUCGGUAUUGCGAUGAGCAUCAUGUACCUGCUGAGCGCCUUGCUGGAAGUGAUCAACGGUUUCUGGGUCGCGAGUCUGAUCACCUUUAUAUUGACAUUGGUCUACAUAAAAUGCCUGGCGUCCGUGUACGCCGCAUACGACAUGAUGCGACAGCAGAAAGGGGUUGACGACCGCGAGCAGCUGAUUACUGACGAUGAGACUUUGAGCGAAUAUUAACCUUUUGACAGCCACAGAGGGCUCUGGCCGUCAUCGGAAAAUCUUGCCACGGACGCCAUCGACGGCUACAGCUGUCAGCUUCGCCAAUGCAAUAAUGACUUAUGCAGGACUCCGUAAAGUUCAAUUUCGCUUAAAUAAUGGCGAUUGCCUGUCGUCCGGGGCACGGCGUAUUCCUUCGCUGUCUGGCGUU